GAUGUACUUGUGUUGAUUUCGUGUUUUGUUGAGGUUUCUUGGUUCAGAUCCGUUGAGAAAUUAUGGUUUUGUCAUGGUCGGAGGUUUCUUGCAGCAAUUUGACUGGUUUCAGAUGCUUUUGUACUGGAAUUGAGCGAAUUAGGGCUUUGAAUGUAAAUUUUCGAAUUAGUUGGGAAAUUCAAAUGAAUUUGGUCCCUUUUUGGAUAAUUAGCCGUUUUGGUUUUUGAUUUAAGCGAAUUACGGUCCGAUGCCUGUUUCUGGAUAAUUUUCAGAUUUUGAGAGGUUUCAGCUGCCACUGUGUUUGAUUAAAUGAAAUAGGGUUUUCAAACGUCAAAUCUCAAGUGAUUUGGGAAAUUAAAGGGAUUUUGCCUGCUUUUUUUGGAUAAUUAAGCAGUGCUUGAGAGAUUUCAGAUUUUGUGUUUGGUUGAAGAGAAUUAGAGUUUUAAGUGAUUAGUUCGAUUUAUCUGCAUAAAAUCAGUGAAUUGUUUUUGUUAAGCUUUAUUGAUUCUAGCUCAUGAGAAAUUAUAGAUUUAGCUGCGCAUCAGUAUUUUGUUUGAACUUUUUGAAGAAUUUUCAUAUGUUCUACGUAUUUUUGGAAAAAUUGGGGUCUUGAUGUUUGAUAUGUUGAGCAUUUGAACCCACACGGGGUUUGGGCAAAUGGCAAGCAUCGUGGGUGUGCUCCCACAUACGCGAGUUUGAUUCCCCUCUCCGGGAUUACCUGAUGCACGUGGUUUGCGGGUGAUUGCUUGCAUCCACAGGGAAUAGUCUCACCCCAAAAUGGGGGCGGGACGACCUGAUGUCAUAAAUAUAUGUGUGCGCAUGCAUUAAGCAUUUGAAAUUUGAAGAAUUUAAUGAUCUUUCUGGGAUUUGAGAUUUGUUUGAAGAAGUUGCUCUAAGCUUGUGCUAGAUCAAAGCAAUCAGGCUCUUUCUUGGAAUCUGCAUAACCUAGCCAAUUUUGAAUUUGUUGAAGAGAUUACCUUGUUUUCGUGCAAUUCCAUUUCUCUCUAGUUGCAAAUUGGUAUAUGAGACUUGUGAAUGUUUUGGAACCCAUUGAUUCUCCUGCAGUCAUUCCCUAGUUGCUGGAGUCCCAGUAUUUCUGGUUUGGAUUGAUGUGAUAAGGGCUUACACGUUUUCGAAGAAAUUUCUGAUUUAUUCGGAGAGAUUUUAGUGGUCGCAGUUUGAUUAAUGUGGCAUACAUAUAUUGAUGAGCAGGUGAUUUGUUUCUCGGACUCCUAAAAAAUUAUUCCACACUGGAGGGGAAUUGCUGGUCCAAUUAGGGCUGGCUUCUGUAAUUCCAUCACGGCUCUAAGCAAAGAAAGUCGCGUAAACAUUAGAAGGGGUAGAGAAUGCUUGAGAGAUUGCCCUAAGUCCUUGCUUGCCUCCCCUUCUUUUCACGGUGGUCGGGGUGCCUUACCUUCAGCUGGUGGGCAUCCAGCAGAUCUGACCUUCCUCGCAGGUGGUGGUUGCUGAAAAAAGAUCAUUAGACUUAGGUUAUUUUUUGGUUAUUGGAACUUUGUAUAUAAGCAUGGUUUCAGUCAAGCAGUUUGAAGAUGACUAUCAUUUGUGGAAGCAAAACACUGGCUCUGAGUUGUCCAAAUGCCCCCGACUGCCUCUAAGUGGGAACUUGUCAGCCAUUAAGAUUCCCCUCUACCGGUUUGGUAGCCAACCAGCCCAUGGUAGUGGUGCCUAUGGAGGGUGGUCAUGCUCUGCUGAAGAGGAGCCCAGUUUAUUGGAUUCUCUUCUUCUUGCUCAGUGGGAAGAUUGCGCAUGGAAAGGUCUUCUCAGAUAUGAUGUGACGGCUUGUGAAACAAAGCUCAUUAGCGGCCAUUGGAAGUUUGUUGCUCAAUUGAAUGAAGCAUGGAAAUCCAAGUGCUUCACAGAACUUGAGGAGAACAAAGCCCCCCUCCAGAAGCUGGACCCUUUCAAAUUCAACCGCAUGAAAACCCGCAGGGAGGAGCUACUCUUCUGCGUUGCAAGUGGGGAGAAGGCGAAAUCUGAGCUCAUUACUUUGUCUGCAGUGCCUAAUGAUGCCAACUUGAUCAUUAUCAAUGCGAAUCCUGUUGAAUACGGCCAUGUUUUCCUUGUGCCACGCAAUUUCUAUCAUCAGUCAUGCACUCUGGAUGCAAGAUCAUUAGAAAUGGCCACACGGGUUGCUGUUGAAAUAAAUAAUUGCUCAUUCCGUGCCUUCUAUGACUGUCCCACAUCUUCAAGAGCAAGUCAUGUAUAUUUUCAGGGGUGCUACUUUGCGAACCCUUUACCUGUGGAGCUCGUGCCGGCCAUGCCUGUAUGUGGGGAUUGGCAGAAAAGAGGGAUGCAGAUCUGCGAGAUUGCAGAUUACCCUAUCAAGGCUCUGUUGUUCGAUGGCAAUGACAACUUGAAAGGUUUGGUCAAUUUAGUUUCGGAGAUAUGUUCCUACUUGCAAGACCAGGAGACUCCCUUCAGUCUUCUGAUAUCUGGUUGCGGCACUAAGAUGUUCUUGUUUCCUCAGGUGCGCACACCAGCAACUGAGUGCGACCAUUUUUCUGCUUGGCAAUGUGGUGGUCACUUUGUUUUCAAGGGGAGGCAUGACUUUGACCAGGUUACUGAGGCUUCUCUGGCCAAGCAUCUAUCCACCGUCUCCCUUGAAGAUGAUGCCUUCCAAUCGGUUAAGCAGCUCUGCUGCAGUGUUGCAAGCAAUAAGCUUGUUUCUUGAAUUGGGCCUGCACCCUUUUAUUGGACUGUUGGAUCCAAUUGGACUUUGGACUUUAAUAUCAUACUUUUACCUACUUCUCAAAUAAAUAAAUAAAUAAAUAAAAAGCAUACUUUAUGUUUGUGAAAGCCUUUUUUUUAUGCUACUCUUGUAAUAACAUUAUUUAUUGGUAUGGUUGAAAACCUGUGAAAAGUUA